GCGCUGUCUCUCUCUCUCUCUCUCUCUCCAACGGCUACUAGUGCAGAAAACACCCUCACUAUUCAAAUUCUCAAGACUGAAGAAGCUCCUCACCCACUUCAUCAUUAGAAGCGUUACGACAUUCAAUAUUUCAAUUCAAUUCAAAUAAAAUCAUGGAUGAUUCUUCUUCUACACCACAGAAACAACAAGACCCUCUUCCCAUGUCAAUCGACUCCACCACCACCACUUCGCCCCUCCGCAGGUCCAGGACACGCCUUGCCGACCGUCUUCUCGAACCGGAGGAUUCGCCGGAACCCGCCGUGCCGCGGAGGAGGGCCAAGGCGGGAAGAGGGGCACAGGCGACCGUCGCGGCGGCACUGCCAUCUCCCAGAAAGUCUCGGAAGCCGAGGAGGCGCUCCGAGCCUGACGUUCGGGACGAGAAGGACGCUAUGGCGGAAGAGGUUGGAAAACCUAGAAAGCGAAGGAACACAGUGCGGUCCAAGAAGGAAAAAUCAAACCCGGUGCUCCCACCACCUUCAAUCCCAUUUCCUCCAACUGAAGAAGGAGAAGAAGAAGAAGAAGAGGAAGAAGAAGAGAAUGGAGCAAAAUCAACCCUUUGGUUUGGUAUUGGGUCUCUCUGCCUCUUAUCUUCUUGCUUUUCCAAAGGACUCAACUUUAGCAUUUUCUCGGCAAUGUCACAAUUGGCUAUUGUUUUUCUUGGUGUCUCCUUUGUCCUAAACACAAUUUGCCAAAGGAACCAGGUUGAGAAAAAGCGCGAGUUCAAGCUGAAAGAAGAUGACAUUUUGCACCUUGCAAAAUUGAUUCUGCCUACUUUGAAUCUCACAAUUUCAGUUACAAGACAGCUGUUUUCAGGAGAACCAUCCAUGACCCUCAAAGUAGCUCCUUUCCUUUUACUAGGUGCGGAAUAUGGACACUUUAUUACAAUCUGGAGGCUGUGUGCCAUUGGGUUUUUAAUCAGCUUCACUGCUCCAAAGCUUUAUUCUUGCUACACUGAAAAGAUAAACCAAAGAGCUGAUCGCUUUACCUUAUGGUUGUUGGACAUAUGGUGUACUUGUACUCACAAGAAGAAACUAGUAGUAUCAGCACUUAUGGCUUUCUGGAAUCUUUCUUCGAUAAAAACUCGAAUCUACACGGCUUUUAUGUUGCUGGUAUUAUUUAGAUAUUUAAAGCAACAUGUUGUGCAACAACUAGAAAAGGGAGAAGAACAAGUAGCUGAGGAGGAACAACAGCAGGCAACGGUGGUGGCACCAACGGAGGAAAAGGAACCACCGGCUACUGUGGUGGCAGGAACUGAGGAAAUGGAAACAGCGCAGGCACUAGUGGUGGCAAGAACAGAGGAAAUGGAACCACGGCAGGCAUUAGUGGUUAGUGGGGAAAAAGAGGUGCUGAAACUAGGUGAAAAAUAAUGGUGUGCUUGCUUAUCUACUGCAUUAGCUAAACAAAAAUAAUCAAGCAGCACUUUCUUGAUUCCUGACCCUAUAGAUGCACAAACAGAAUUCAAGUUAGUGCACAAGUUGGGGCAUAUGAAGCAGUAUUCUUUU